UCCAUUUCCAUAAGCUUGACAACUUAACAAGAGUGCAUUCUGAUCACCUAGUCAUGGCUCCCACCGCCAAGCUACUACUAGCCGACCUUGCAUCUUCAGGUGUAAAACAAAUUCCUUCCAACUACAUACGUCCCAUCUCCGACCGUCCGAAUCUCUCCGAUGUUCAGAUUUCGGAUGGCUCGAUUCCUCUAAUUGACCUUCAUGGCCUUAAUGGUCCCAACCACUCUACUAUAAUCGAACAAAUUGGCCAAGCAUGCCAAAGGGAUGGGUUCUUUCAGGUGAAGAAUCAUGGGAUACCAGAGGAAAUGAUCAGUAUCAUACUGAACAUAGCUACGCAGUUCUUCAAAUUGCCUGAAAGUGAAAGGUUAAAAAAUUACUCCGACGAUCCCACUAAGACAACCAGGUUGUCUACUAGUUUCAAUAUUAAGACAGAACAAGUUUCUAGCUGGAGAGAUUUCUUGAGACUUCAUUGUUAUCCUCUCGAAGAUUACAUACAUGAAUGGCCUAGCAAUCCUCCAUCAUUCAGGAAAGAUGUGGCUGAAUAUUGCACAAGCGUUAGAGGUCUAGUGUUGAGACUGCUUGAGGCCAUAUCCGAGAGCUUGGGUUUGGAAAGAGACUAUAUUGAUAAGAAAUUAGGUGGGCAUGGACAACAUAUGGCUAUGAACUACUAUGUGCUUAGCAAUGAUCGUUACAAGAGUGUGCUUCACCGAGCAGUUGUGAACAGUGAUAAAGAACGAAUAUCUAUACCGACGUUCUAUUGUCCUUCACCGGAUGCUGUCAUCGGGCCUCCAAAGGAGCUAGUCGACGACGAGCAUCCUGCAGUCUAUAGAGAUUUUACAUACGGUGAAUACUAUGAGAAGUUUUGGAACAAGGGACUUCUAGAAGAAUGCUGCUUGGACUUGUUCAAGCCUUCUAAUAAUACAACCUAG